GGGACCCCUGAGCACCUCCCUGUUCUUUGUGGGCGUCCUGCUAGGAUCUUUCGUAUCAGGACAGCUCUCAGACAAGUUUGGCAGGAAGAAUGUGCUGUUUGCAACUCUGGCAAUGCAGACUGGCUUCAGCUUCGUACAGGUCUUCUCUACCAGCUGGGAGAUGUUUUCAGUGUUCUUUGUGCUAGUCGGCAUGGGACAGAUAUCUAACUACGUGGCCGCAUUUGUUCUCGGCACAGAAAUUCUUGGCAAAUCAAUUCGCGUGCUGUUCUGCACGCUAGGCGUUUGCAUAUUUUAUGCAUUUGGCUACAUGUUGCUGCCACUGUUUGCUUACUUCAUCAGAGACUGGCGGAUGCUGCUGCUGGCACUUACUUUACCUGGGCUGCUCUGCAUCCCGCUCUGGUGGGUCAUUCCGGAAUCUCCACGGUGGCUGAUCUCCCAGGGAAGAUUUCAAGAGGCGGAAGACAUCAUCCGAAAGGCUGCAAAAACUAACGGCCUUACAGCCCCAGAUGUAAUACUUGACCCUAAUGAGCUGCAAGAUUUGAAUUCCCAGAAGCAACAGACGUACACCAUUUUGGAUCUAAUGAAAACCCGAAAUAUCCUAACUAUCACAAUUAUGUCAGUGAUUCUUUGGAUGAUAAUCUCUGUUGGUUAUUUUGGACUUUCUCUUGACACACCUAACUUGCAUGGAGACGUCUAUGUGAACUGCUUUCUCUCGGCAGUGAUUGAAGUUCCAGCCUAUGUUAUUUCCUGGCUGCUGCUUCGAAAUCUCCCUCGACGGUAUUCAAUGGCUGCUGCGUUAUUCUUGGGAGGCUGUGUUCUUCUCUUCAUUCAGCUGGUGCCUUCACAUAUUCGUGCGCUAUCUAUUCUACUGGUGAUGUUAGGGAAAUUUGGGAUCACAUCUGCCUUUUCAAUGGUUUAUGUUUACACGGCUGAGCUCUACCCAACAGUAGUGAGAAACAUGGGAGUUGGAGCAAGUUCCAUGGCCUCUAGACUGGGCAGCAUCCUCUCGCCUUACUUCGUUUACCUCGGUGCCUAUGAUCGAUUCCUGCCUUACAUCCUGAUGGGGAGCCUGACUGUGCUAUCAGGAAUUCUGACUUUAUUUCUGCCAGAAAGCUAUGGUAUGCCUCUUCCGGACACAAUUGAUCAAAUGCUGUUGGUGAAAGGAUUAGAAUACAGGCCUGCAUCUAGUAGCACAAGGGAUUCCAAGGAGGAAGAAGAAAAUCCAGAGAUUUUUAAAAGCACAGCUUUUUGAUGGAACUCCUGUGUACUUCCUGGUGAACUGAAAGUUAAAUGGACUUUUCUUCUAAAAUUCAUUCUAGAAAGGGCUAGUGGCAACACUUUGUUUCCUGUAAUUUUAACCUUAUUUAUUAAUUUAAACACUGUGUUCCGUACAUUCUCUUUUUAUAUGAACAUAAAUACUGUAUAGCCUUCAAUGAGACAUUUCAGGCACAGUUGUUUUAAUGCAGUAGAACCAUGGAACAGUAUCUGAUCAAUCCUUCAUAACUUCAAGUGUAUAGGUCAGCUGCAAGAUACUUGAAAAUGAGUUCAAGGGCUGGCAGGGUACCUGGAUUCCUCAGUGAACCUUCUCCAGAGCUAAUGCACGUCAAGAAGUAAAAAUUGCCAGAAAAAACUGCUAAUUGGUUUUGAUUCCUUGACUUCUGUCUCUGGACAGGAAACUUUAUUUAUUAUAGGGAAGGUUAUGAGAACAUGCCUCUCUGCAAUCUUACUCAAAUGACUUUGCACGUGCUGAAUUUGUUACCAAAUUCAGAAAGAUGCAAAGAAAGAUUUUGAGAAUUAAUUCUAACUUGAUAUGUUUUAACUCAACGUAGAUCGAAAGGAUUGUCUUGCACAAAAUAUUUGUAGCACUGAAGUUUUGCUCACAAAAUUCACUUGAUUCCAAUGCUGGUUUUCAACUGUACCUGUAUGGUGGAGUUGUUUCCAGGCCGUAUUUAUUUUAAAUGAUGCAAAAGGUUUCAUCUGUGUGCGGAGGGAGCGGUGUUAGUUUGGGGUUCUUCCAUUUCGAUGUGUGUUGGAAGUUUUAUGUCUAAAUUGUUUUAACGUCUUUGGUGCAAUUUGGAUGAUGGAAACAAUUCUGCUGUCUUCUGUGCUUUUCACACGUGCACAUACACACGCACACAAUGAAUGUAUUUAGAGCUAAAUUUUCGUGUUAAUCUAUGCCACUGCGUUGACCUCAUGGUGGAAUGUACUGAGAACUAAAUUCAGAAUAUACUUCUCAAGUGCCAACUGCAUGAUUGCUUUGAGGUCUGUUAUUUCACUUAACUCAUGUAAUCAGUGAAUUGUUUUCAAAUUGUUCUAAAAAAACCCACCAAACCUUGUUGACAGUCUGCCAAGAAGUUGUUCCUUGGGUUGCAGAAGCACUCUCGGCAUUACCUGUGUUUCUUUGAGUGUACAUAUAUAUUAUAUAUAUUUAAUCUCAUUUGUGCUGUUCUGAUCGUGCAUUACAUCAUACUUUGACAGAUGUGAGCGGUGAAAGAUUUCUCUCUUGUGGCACUCGUUUGUGUGUGUUCUGUCCUGUAGAGACUUAAUAAACAGAACCUAAACCUUUGUAGCCAAAGCCCUUAGGGGCCUUACUCUCUGCUGCGGCAGCUGGUCGUGGAAGACUUGCAUUUUCCUACUGUAUUUAAAUACGUAGGUGGCAUCAGCUGAUUCCAGUCUUUUGUUAACCAAUACCACAUAUUCUGUCCGUGAUAACCAGCUCCGGCAGUCGGACUCAUGCACUAGUGUGUGCCCUCCAGACUGCUUGUCUUAAAAACAAGAAAGUAGAAAAAACUGCAUAGGCUGUAGUGGGGUUCUUUAAACUCUUCCUACCAGUGUCUUGAGCUUUAGGGUUUGCUCCGCUUUCCCUGCAUUUUCUCGCCUGCUUGUUUAGUAUUUUAAUUUCUGGAUGCAGCAGGAAGUUGGCCAGUCUUACCAGGUCAGAGAAUGAUACAGAGAAAGGUAGUUUUGUUGUGUCCUCAGUUCUUCUGAGGAGAGAAAUCCCAACGUUUGGGCAGGUUCCGUGUCACUCCUGUUUAAUAGGUUGACAGGCCCUUGGCAGAUGGGUUUAAAAUGCAGUGUGUGAUUUGAAGCUAGCACAAAAAUCGAGAAUCUGGAUUUUGCAAGCCUCGCUGCACAUCAUAUAAUAGCCUUGACAUGAGCAAAUACGUGUCAGGAGAGAGCGUGUAACAGCCAGUCUCCCUUGCCCAAAGACAUGAUACAAUUUGUCAGGCUUACCACCUUUUGUGAAAUGUUCAUUGCAAACUUAAGAAUGUGUUCUAAAACUUGGUACAGAUGUUUUUCUUUGUAAACCUUAUUUCUAGGAACUGGAACAUUUAGAAGCAGCAGCUUUUCUGCGUGUUGUAGAAGAAUUAUCUGAUAACCGCAGGAAUCUGAGGCAAAACACACUUAGCUACAGCUUCCUUGUAAUGGAUUUGCCAGUGUAAACAACCGUGUCCCAUAAGUCUCUUCCUGUAAACUGUUUCAGAAAAUACCCUGAAAUGGAAGAUACGUGCUUGCCUGAUACAUGAUCUAGUAUGGAAAUUCCUGUCCUAAAGUGCAGAGUCCAUUUAAUGUCUGAUUUAGCUAUAAUUUCUUAUCCACUGUUUUAUCCAGGUAUGUGCCUUGACAGUGAGACUUUUGUUCUUGAAUAUUUACAUAUUCUGAUAUUUACUGAAGAUUUUGUGAGGUUUUUUGUUCUUUUGUUUUUUUUUUUUUAAUCCAGUCAAAAUUGGGAAUUUCCUGGUUAUGACUAAUACUAUAAAACAAUCCAAUCUCUUUGUGUCCAAAAAAAUACAUAUUUUUCCUUGCUCAUCUUUUUUUUUUUUUUUAAAACAAAAAGUAUGAGUCAGAAAUGUAGAAUAUAUUUAAUAUAGCGUCCUGGGUUAUUUUGUAUUUACUUUUUUAUCCUACCCUUCUCAAGUUUAUCUCUAAAACAAGGAGCUUGUUCUAGUGGGUAGACAGAAUCCAGCUACUACGUUAUUUCCAAAAGAAAUUGAGGGGAUAUUUUAAUGUAGGCAGGUGAUCUGAUCUGUGCAAAUAAGAUGUCGAUGAGAGGAACUGACCCAGUAAUUGGCAAAUCUGAGAGUGGUAUCAGUGCUGGCAACAGGUGAGAUUUGCAGCACUAAGUGUGGCUGUGGAUACCUGCAGGAUAAAGCGCUGGUGCCGCGCCGUGCCUUGGCUCUGAAAGGUGUCUGCCGAGUGCCACGUUUUCAGACGUGACUGACUCCUAGACAGUGUAUGGUCUCGUUAAUAGACGCGUCGGCACGUCGCUUUGCGUUAAUGCUGAUGCGAAGCAGGAUCUGGACCGACUUUCUGAGACUCUGCUGUAAACGGACCACUUUAACUGACAUUUUUGAGACGUGUUUCACUCGCCCCCGCGGAGCUGUUGUGUGAGUGUCGUGAAAUGAGUCACGGUCCACGUGGGAGGUGCUUCGCUCGGCCUCGUGGUGGACAAGGGAUGCACGGGACAGCCUUUAAUCCCGAGGUGAAGUCGCACACAGAUUGUCCCUUCUGUAAAGAGUUGGUGGGUUUUAGUACCAGUAUUUGAACACACCUAGACACUGGUCUUGCCUAGUGUGCUGGCUAGUGGGGAAGGGCCUGUUCUGCUGCUCUCGGGGAAAGCCAGAGCUUUUGCUCCUGUUAUCCUCAAAGAAGUAGGGAGUGACACUUGGUAAGGGGGAAGGGACAGAAUUUGCCUUUGAAAGAGGAGUUGUGAUAAACCUAUGAGCUCCUUGUACUGUGGAGGAAGAUAAUAGAGACUUUGACAUUCAGGCUAACCUUAACCUGGGACAUACUGAAUGGUUUUGGUGCCCAUAACCUGUAUGACAGCAGCAACACAGGUUAUACAAAACUAUGUGGUUAGGCAAAACUCUCUGUUGCUAGAGAACGAUGCACACGACAGUAUCUUCACCAAGGAAAACAGCAUACGGCCUCGAGUUGGGAACUAGGACCCCUUCCUUUCCAGCUUAGACUGACUUCUUUCAUCGUCUGGCGUGUCGCGUGAUCCUGUGACUUCAGUUUCUUUGCUUGCAAGUGGAAAUACCGUUAACUCAAAAGGAACCCUAAUUUCUUGUGAUGUUCGUGCUCCACAGUCUGUGUUUGUUAGAUCCUCUGUUUGACUCUCCUGACGGUGAAUGUAAUGCUCACGUGAACAUCAUUUAGUAUUUCAUCGUUCAGAAGCAGGCAACUUUGGAUGACUUCCAACACCGUUUUUGUUAGGAGGUGUGAUCACCUCCUCCCCUGUUUCCAAGUUACCAUUUGGAAGAAGAAAGCACAGGGAGGUGGUGCAUUGCCCAGGGAAUUGGACUGCAGUAAGUCAAGCAAGGAUUGGGUUUUGAAUGCUUAAUCAUACUCGUCUAAUUGCACAGCCCCUUCAUAGUUCUACGCGAAGCUGCCUGCGGCGUGCACGCCUGUGAGGAGGGGCAUUAUUGAACACUUUCCCUGUGCGCUUAACUACAUUGCAAAAAUACCGUUCUCUUCAGAGGACUUUCAUUUUGAGAUACGGUGAUGCUAAUGCUGUAUCGCUGAUCUCAUGGAAUUUGGGAUUAACGUGACUUAUACCCAUCUCUGCUUUACAGCCGGUUCCGUUUUAUAGCGUCGCCCAGAGGGGCUCUUCUUUUUAAUGCUCUCCAGGGGCCUAUGCACAUGAGCACAGUAAGCACGUGAAACUGGUGGGCCUGUCUCUGCGAAUAAAUACCUAUUUCAAUAUUUGUAGAAUAGAACCUUAAUCCUGGCAGUUGUAAAUGGUUUUCUUAAAGCAUAGAAUCGGCUCAGGCACCAUAAUGCCUUACUUACAAAUGCCUUUGGGGGUACUUUAGUAAUGGCCACAGCCUUGUAUAUAGAAAGAUACAGAAAUUUCUUCUAAGAAUGUAAAUAUUCCUAGCUGUAACUAAAUUGGUUCUUACCCUAGUUUUUUAUAGAAAAAUGCUUGUUAUUUGUAAAGUUCAGAAUAAAAUCAUAUC